AUGGAAGACUUGUCUAUGUAUGAGCAGCAUAAUCUCCUAUACACUCAGGAGCGUUUGUCAAAGUAUCGGCCCGGUGGAUACCAUCCAGUCUGCCUUGGUGAUACCUUCAAGAAUGGUCGCUACGAAAUACAUCAUAAAUUAGGUUGGGGAGGCUUUUCCACCGUCUGGCUUGCAAAAGACAGAGAGAAGGAGCAAUGGGUUUCGCUGAAAAUGAUGACCGCAGAUAAUUCCAAGGGAUCCAGGGAACUCCAUAGUCUGCAAUUUUUACAGAAGUGCGCCGAAGGAAGACCAGCCUCAAAACUUAUUGUCUCGUUACUCGACGUUUUCACUCACCAGGGUCCUAAUGGAAGCCACCAGUGUCUGGUAUUUGAGUUGCUCGGUCCUUCGGUAGAUAAGGUCGUUGGUGACUACCACAGCCUUGGGGAUGCCCUUGAGAUAGACAUUAUCCUUCGAAUGUCAGAACAGCUCCUUGAAGCUAUUAAUUUCAUUCAUGAAUCUGGCAUGGGGCAUGGGGAUAUAAGCGGCGGAAACGUCGCCUUCAGCUGUAGUAACCUUUCAAACGCAACAAAAGAUGAGCUUUUCGAAGUUCUGGGUUUGCCAGAGGUCGAAGACCUGGUUCGUCUUGAUGGCCAGCCGCUGGGCAACGGUUUACCGAAACAUAUCGUAAAAGUCGCAGAUUGGGAAAAUUGGGUAGAUGAAGAUGAAGAAGAUAUUCGAAUUCUUGACUUUGGGGAGGCAUUCCUACAGGGGAAUGAGCCUAAAGUACUUGCUCAGCCAGGGCAAUUGCGGGUCCCUGAGCUGAUUUUCACCGAUUGCUUUGACUACCGCGUUGAUUUAUGGCGCGCAGGCUGUAUGAUCCACGCGUUCAUAUUUGGGUCAUAUCCCUUCCAAUACCUAGGCGAAGAUGAAGUCCUGGUCUCACAGAUGAUCCGCUUUGUGGGGAAGUUGCCGAAGGACUGGCAGCCGAUAUGGGAACGCAUGAAGAUGAACUUUAAGCGUGGUUUAAAAUCAUCAGAAGAAGUUGAGGUGUCUGAACUAGACAGGAGGCUCAGUAGAAGGGAUCCGGACCCGAUACUUACUCGUCUUGCCUCAGUCAUUCGGCAAUUGAUGAGAUUUGUACCGUCGAGUCGAAUAGAGGCCUCCGAGGCACUUGCUCUCUUGAGGUCAGAGCAGGAUGCAGAUUAUGAUACUUAA